AAUUAUAGAAGAAAAAAUAGAGUGCCCUUGGAGAUGCUCUUAACUGAAAGUAGCCUCGUGUGCAUAAAACAGCAAACGAAGAAUCGAUAAAACAUAGGUUUCUCGUGAUAACAUUAUAUGGAAAUGUAAUUGUAUAAUACUGACAUGCUAAAUUUGGAAAACUCUACAUCAAACACGCACAUGUACGUACGUAUACGCACGUACGCACACAAAAAUUACCAUUCAACGGUCACACCUCAAAGGCUAUAUAAAGAGGUUCUUUGCUCUGUUGUUCUCAGAACCAACUCAGUCUUCCUCUUCUUCUUGAACUCUUUAACAUAAAACAGAGAGAGAGAGAGAUCUCAAAUCAAAGUUUCAAACUUUUCGACCUAAUCGUCUUCUCCACUUUAAACCCAUAGGCCAUAUCUGAAUCUGAGUCUCUGUUUUCAACCAUGAAGAGGCUUCGAGGUUUCAAGAUCGGUCACAGACUCGUCAAGAUCUUCAAAUGGAUAAUCCGAACUAGAAGAAUCCAAACCGGGAAACGCCAAUGCCUAACCGGACUUCUCAACCCGGUUCCAAAAAUCUACUCUUUAGCACGGUGUCUCCGUCGUGGAGCUAAUACACUGUGCGGAGGAAAGAAAACGGGUCAGACCCGGUUGGGUAACGAACCGAAACCUCAGGCUGUUCCUAAGGGACAUUUAGUGGUUCACGUCGGAGAAUGCGGCGACGAUACGCGGCGCGUGGUGGUUCCGGUGGUUUACUUUAACCAUCCUCUGUUCGGAGAGUUGCUGGAGGAGAAGGAACGGGUUUACGGGUUUGAUCAGCCGGGUCGGAUUACUAUACCUUGUCGGGUAUCGGAUUUUGAGAAGGUUCAGAUGAGGAUCGCCGCGUGGGAUCAUUGCCGGCGGAAACGAGCUUUCAAGAUUUUCUAAUUUUGACGUUUUAAAAUAUAAAUUAAAUAAAAUUUUGACAUAAAAAGAGAGAGUCAAAUGUCAAUUAGAGAGGUGGGAACUUUCCUCCACUUUGUGUGAAUAUCAAUCAUCAGUUUGUUAAUAGGUUAUACAAAAUUCCAAUACAUUUCAAUAUAUAUC